CCUGCCAUCCCUGAUUUGGAGUCUAUACUCCUUCGAACAUUGCCAAACUAAUUAGGGUAUUGAAAAAUGUCUACUGUUUGAACCUUCUCCUCAUCCACUCAAAUUCUUCUGUAGUUGCUUCUGCCCAAACCAAAAAAAUAAAAAAAUAAAAUUUUACCUCCAAGAAUACAACUACUACCAAUCUACCAUGAAGGGGACGAGACUAUGAUAGCAGAGUAAGAAUCAACACAAAAAGAGAUAGAAAGGGAAAUAUUUGAAUCUGGGCUCGAGAAUUGGACUCAAAUAUGAGAGCACAAUUCUUCCAAUUCACGCAAAGAUGGAAAUCAACAGCCAAAGAAGCCAUGGAUCACACCAUCCUUUUCGCCAAAUUCCUUUGCCUCUUACACGUUACCAACAAUUAUCUCUGCUCGCCUACUCUGGUGUAUGGACCGAGCAUGCUACCUACGUUGAAUUUAACUGGCGACGUGUUGUUGGUGGAGAAGAUGUCGCAUUUGCUUGGAAUGGUGGGGCCGGGCGACGUCGUUUUAGUGCGGUCGCCGGAGAACCCUAGGAAAACAAUUACGAAGCGCAUUGUGGGCAUGGAGGGUGAUAAGGUCACCUUCUUAGUGGACCCCAAUCAUAGUGAUCGCUCUCACUCCCUCGUGGUGCCUAAGGGCCAUGUGUGGAUACAGGGAGAUAAUAUCUAUGCGUCGAAGGAUUCACGGCACCUUGGGCCAAUCCCUUAUGGUCUGAUCCUGGGAAAGGUUUUUUGUAGAGUUUGGCCACCUGAAGGGUUUGGCUUGUUGGAGCAAUAAGAAUGAUAGAAUUAUAACUUAAGCUAGAGCUUCCCGGAGGCUCCACUUUCUGAUCAAUCAGUUGCUUUAUUUAUGCCUUCAUUCAUCAGAAUUCAUGCCCGCAGCUGCUGCUAGAAACCAUGGACUGCAUAAAUUAUUCGCACGGAAAUGUUUAGGAAGAUUCAAUUAAGAAAAUGAACUCUUCCACCGAGAAGCAUCUUGCUGCGGCUUAUGAAGAUGAACAUUACCUUGUAACUAUAAAUUUUUAGCUAUGACUGAGCACAUGAUGAAUCCAUUUGGCUCCGAUGAUAUGUGCAAUACAAAUAUUUCUUGCAGAGAUCACAAUUUAUGUCAUGACGUGUUUUGUAAUUUGUUUUAAGGUUUUUUUUUGCAUUAGUUGGAGAAUGUCCCUUCA